UUAGAAAAUGCCGCCAUCGAGUAAAGAAUCGGCUAACGUAGCCGAAAGCUUGGCUGCUGAGGCUCCAAUCAACACACAAAACCCAGCAUUAGCAAUGCCCAGUACAACACUUAGGAUAGUCGCAUCUAGCGAAGAAUUUAUUACUGAAACGUUUUCGGAAGCUCCAACAGAAUCAACGGCAGCUAAAAUCGAAACAAAGAUAGAAAAUGUCGGAAAAGAAAUAACAGCAGCUACGGGAAUUCCAACAUGGGGCUUAGUAGCCAUUUUAAUUGCGGUGGGAGCAAUAGUCCUGGGGGUCUGCUUCUGCUGUAUAAGAAGAUGUUUCCGCAAACGCCGGUCAAAGGACGGAAAAAAAGGUCUUAAGGGUGCAGUAGACCUGAAAGGCGUUCAGCUCUUGGGAGGAACGUACAAGGAUAAGGUACAGCCGGAUAUGGAAGAACUUACGGACAACGCUGAAGAGCCAGAUGAGGCGGAGAGCAAACAGAGCGAGGUCAAACUUGGAAGACUACAAUACAAGCUCGAAUACGACUUUAAUUCAAACAGCUUGGCGGUGACGGUGAUCCGGGCCGAGGACCUGCCUGCUCUAGAUAUGGGCGGAACUUCAGAUCCCUAUGUUAAAGUUUACUUACUUCCGGAUAAGAAGAAGAAGUUUGAGACCAAAGUUCACAGGAAAACUUUGAGUCCUGAAUUUAAUGAAACGUUUACAUUUAAGAGUGUUCCGUACGCCGAUGCAAUGAACAAGACCCUAGUGUUUGCAAUCUUCGACUUCGACAGAUUCUCAAAACACGACCAAAUAGGAGAAGUCAAAGUACCGCUUUGCCAAAUAGACUUAGCUCAAACGAUCGAGGAGUGGAGAGAGCUACAGAGCGUUGAAGGAGAAGGCGGACAAGACAACAAACUUGGUGACAUAUGCUUCUCUCUCCGUUACGUACCGACAGCUGGAAAAUUAACAGUCGUAAUUCUGGAGGCCAAGAAUCUGAAGAAGAUGGAUGUCGGCGGUCUCUCAGAUCCGUAUGUUAAAAUAGCGCUUAUGCAAAAUGGAAAGCGGCUGAAGAAGAAGAAAACUUCUAUCAAGAAAUGCACAUUGAAUCCUUAUUAUAACGAAUCCUUUACAUUUGAAGUUCCGUUUGAGCAGAUACAAAAAGUUAAUCUAGUAGUAACAGUGGUAGAUUAUGAUCGUAUUGGUACAUCAGAACCAAUUGGAAAAUGUAUUCUUGGCUACAAUGCAAGUGGUACUGAAUUAAGACAUUGGUCAGACAUGUUAGCAUCACCAAGACGACCAAUUGCCCAGUGGCAUACGCUCAAGGAUCCAGAGGAUGGUGAUAAGAAAGACUAA